CUUGCAUUUCUAGAAAGAAAAUAUUUGAAUGGAUAUUAGUAAGCUCCGAAAACUGAGAAAGUCCUUUAUGGCUGUACUCCACGUGACGCGUUUACGGAUGUCAAUGAGGCGGCUUAGCCUUUAUCCAGUUGCUACAGGAGGUGAACCGGAAUCUGAUGAGAUUUCAACUGGCCCAAGGAGGAAAGAGCAUGAAAAUUUGCAUCCUUCUCAGUAUGAAUCACGGAAUUUAAAAUUAAAGUUUUCAAACAACAUAAAUGGUCCAAGAUUUACCGGACGACCCGUAGGUGGAGAUCUGGGUAGCACCUUAAAUCUAGAUUUGGUUGAUUGCCGUACUGAGGAUAUUAUUAAAUGUGGGCCUGAAGCAUCAGCAAAGGUGGAAAUAAUUGCCCUUGAGAAAGAAGAAUUAAGAAUAGCUACUAGUUGGCCAGGCGAGAAAUCAAGGAUUCGGGGAGAUCCUCAUGUCACGUUGAAAGAUGGCAGAGUUAGUGUAAGUCAUAUUUCAUUCAAACAUACUAAAGUAGCAAUGAGAAAAAGUCAGUUGAGACUAGGUGCAAGAGUCGUGUAUCCCUACGAUAUUGGUACUAGAAUUAUGGAAGCAGUCACUGAACCAUUCUUCGUGAUGGAUCGUCGUUCCAUGCCCAAGAGCAAGAGGCCCCUAAAUCUUGAUGAUCAAGUAUGGAAACUGCAAACGAUUGGCAAAGGCGGUCCUUAUCAUGACCGUUUAAUGAAGGGAAGCAUAAAAACUGUCAGAGAAUUUUUAAGGCAAUACUUUCUGAACCGUGAAAACCUACUCAAGAUCCUUGGCAGGCGUAUGCGCGUUAAGAAACUGAAUGCAGCAGUAAAUAAAGCAAAGAGUAAACUUGACUUGAAAAGAUACGUAUAUCCUUCUGCCCCUUCCCGGGAAAAUCGACUAGUUGUAUUUACUGAUGUGGGAGAAUUGAUCGGAAUAUACCAAGAAGGUCAGUUCGUGUCAGUCGAUAAGUUCACUGGAAGUCAAAAGGCUUAUGCUAUGGAGCGGGUAAAAACAGCAUUUCAAGAUCGCCAAAAUUUGAAGGUAUUGGAUGAUGAUGAUGACACUUCUAAAAUGUUUUGUCCUUCUAAUUCAUCAAAUGCUGUUUGUCCACUGGAAGCGGCUACUCUUGAUGGCUCUAAUGGAUUCUCUUUCGAGGCUUAUUAUCCAACUGAUACACAGCAGCAACCAGUGCCUAAUGCUACCAUUAUGCCGAGCACAAGCUUACUAGAUAAUUACCAUGACUCUAUAAACCAAAUCAAUAGCUCAGCAACUCUUACUAGUCAAGUACCAGAUCUUCUUGAUCCAUAUGACAACGACUUCAUCUACCAACCUCUCCCUGAAAACUUCUGGAAUUAAUUAUUAGAUCGUUGUUUCAUUGGUUAAUCUGUUGUGGCUUAUUGUAAUAUAGAUAGAUCUGAUAAUUAUAAGGAGACUUCAAGAGUCUCAUAUUUAAAGUAUGACUGUAAAAUUAGCUUUUUUUUCUUGUUUCUUAAUGAUAUCUAUAUGAAAACGUUUACUUAGCAGUUUUCAUAACAGAUGACAUAUUUUUUAUAUUUCAAAAG